UGUUGUAGUGUAAUCAGAUCAACAGAUAACUGCAUAUCAACUUGCAUAUAUACGAUUAAUGUUCACUAGCAGCGUUUUGGCGUCGACUUCAGUGACAUUAUGUAGGUUAGCUGGUCUGCGGCUGUAGUAUUGACUUAGUUUUUUCAGCCGCCCAGUUAGCUAACUAAGGCUAGUUACCUACCACUGUGGGUGGCGAUGGGACGGAGUUGAGAAAAAAAGUGCAGGCCUCGGUGCUAGCGUUUAGCCACAAGCUGCGUUAUCGCCUCUGAUAGCUGGACAAUAGACACAAAUAGAGUUCCUAGGUGAUAGAAGAUGAGAAAUGAAUGACACAUAGCUAAUCCACUAUAAAUAACGGAACUGGAGGCAUUUUCUGAUAAUUUAUUUCUGUCGUUACGCUUCUGGUUGAAGGGCGAUGGAAGGGGAAGAAUUUGUACCUCCUCCGGAGUGUCCAGUAUUUGAGCCGUCAUGGGAGGAGUUUCAGGAUCCCCUAGGCUACAUCGCCAAGAUACGUCCAAUUGCAGAGAAAUCUGGGAUCUGUAAAAUUCGUCCUCCACCAGACUGGCAACCUCCAUUUUCAGUGGAGCUGGAUAGUUUUCACUUCACACCUCGUAUUCAGAGGCUUAAUGAAUUAGAGGCGGAGACAAGAGUGAAGCUUAAUUAUUUGGACCGCAUCGCCAGAUUUUGGGAGAUCCAGGGAUCUUCUUUAAAAAUUCCACAUAUUGAAAGGCGCAUUCUUGAUCUUUUCAGCCUGUCAAAGAUUGUGAAGGAUGAAGGAGGUUUUGAGAUGGUCUGUAAGGAGCGGCGCUGGGCUCGCAUUGCGCAGAGGCUUGGCUACCCUCCGGGCAAGAACAUCGGUUCUCUGCUGCGCUCACACUAUGAGAGGAUUGUCUACCCCUAUGAAAUGUUCCAAUCUGGUGCCAGCCUGCAGCACUGUAAGCCGAAGCACUAUGACGGGGAAGAUGUGGACAAAGAGUACAAGCCUCACUCCAUUCCCCUACGACAGUCAGUGCAGCCAUCCAAAAUCAGCAGUUACGGACGCAGAGCAAACCGCUGCCAGCCUGAUGGUCCAGAGGAUCUGGCCCCCCAUCCUCUCACCACUGGCUCUCAACUCAUCUCUGCGCCUGAACCAACAGAGGAAGACAUAGAGAAGAACCCAGAAUUGAAGAAGUUACAGAUUUAUGGUGCAGGACCUAAGAUGAUGGGACUUGGACUGGUGGCAAGGGACAAGGGCAUAAGAAAGAAAGAUGAGUUGCCUCAAACUGUUACUGUCAAGGACAACAUGCCACCUCCUUUGAGUGACACCUCAGUCAAAUCAGAGCCCCUGGACCCUCAAGAGAGACAGAGUGAUGGGAGCUCAUCAGGCCCACAGCUUCCUCCUCCUAGUGUUACAGUAAAGAUGGCAGUGAAGAAAGAAGAACCAGCGGAAGAGAAUGGGAAAGGACAUAAAGAGGAGGAAGAUGAUACACCUUGCACCAAAAUGACAAUGCGCCUUAGACGCAAUCUCAACAAUCCUCAGUGUGUGGAUUCUUUUGUGUGUCGGAUGUGUGGUCGGGGAGACGAUGACGAGAAACUAAUGCUAUGUGACGGCUGUGAUGACAACUACCACACUUACUGUCUACUACCCCCACUUGCCGAUCCUCCCAAGGGCAACUGGCGAUGCCCUAAGUGUGUGGCAGAAGAGUGUAAAAAACCCACAGAAGCAUUUGGCUUUGAGCAAGCGACACGGGAGUACACACUGCAGAGUUUUGGGGAAAUGGCAGAUACUUUCAAAGCAGAUUACUUCAACAUGCCUGUCCAUAUGGUCCCCACUGAGCUCGUAGAGAGAGAAUUCUGGCGAUUAGUAAGUAGUAUUGAGGAAGACGUGACUGUUGAAUAUGGAGCAGACAUACACUCCAAAGAGUUUGGUAGUGGCUUCCCGGUGAACAAUGGCAAGAGGAAGCUUACAAAGGAAGAGGAGGAAUAUGCCCGCUGUGGGUGGAACUUGAAUGUGAUGCCUGUGCUAGAGCAGUCACUCCUGUGCCAUAUUAAUGGAGACAUCUCUGGGAUGAAGGUGCCAUGGCUGUACGUGGGCAUGGUGUUUUCGGCUUUCUGCUGGCACAUUGAGGAUCACUGGAGCUACUCCAUCAACUACCUGCACUGGGGUGAACCCAAGACUUGGUAUGGGGUUCCCUCUAUGGCAGCUGAGCGACUUGAGGAGGUUAUGAAGAAGCUAACACCAGAGCUGUUUGAGUUCCAGCCUGACCUCCUGCAUCAGCUGGUCACCAUCAUGAACCCAAAUAUUCUCAUGGCUCAUGGUGUCCCGGUUGUCCGUACCAAUCAGUGUGCUGGGGAGUUUGUCAUUACCUUCCCCAGAGCCUACCAUAGUGGUUUCAAUCAGGGAUAUAACUUUGCAGAAGCUGUCAAUUUCUGCACUGCAGAUUGGCUGCCUGCUGGUCGUUCCUGUAUUGAGCACUACAGACGUCUUAGGAGAUAUUGUGUAUUCUCCCAUGAGGAGCUCACCUGUAAAAUGGCUGCUAGCCCAGAGAAGCUAGACCUUAAUCUGGCUGCAGCUACACAUCGGGAAAUGUUUAUCAUUGUUCAGGAGGAGCGGAAGCUCCGAAAGGGUCUGAUGGAAAGGGGCAUUACCGAAGCAGAGCGUGAGGCUUUUGAGCUGCUGCCUGAUGAUGAGAGACAGUGUGAUAAAUGUAAGACCACAUGCUUCCUUUCUGCCCUGGCCUGCUCAAACUGUCCCGAGCGCCUGGUCUGUCUCUAUCACACUCAGGAUCUGUGCAACUGCCCCACUGAAAAACUCUACCUCAGGUACAGGUACACCCUGGAUGAGUUAUUAGCCAUGUUACAUCGAUUAAAAGUUCGGUCAGAGUCCUUUGAUUCUUGGGCCAACAGAGUAAAAGAGGCACUUGAGCAGGAAGAAGGAAACAAAAUAGAAAUUGACUACUUGGAGAUGCUGAAGAUGGAAGCAGCAGAGAAAAAGUUUCCUGACAAUGAGCUCCUUAGAAAACUCAACACUGUUCUUAAAGAUAUAGCACACUGCCAAGAGAAAAGUACAGAGCUCCUCAGCAAUUCAACAACUAGUGAAAACAGGAUGACUCUGGACGAGCUGAAGUCCUUGGUUGAGACGAUACAAAACCUGCCCUGUGUAAUAAACCAGUUGGAGGGGGUCAAGACGGUUCUGCGGGCAAUGGAGGAUUUCCAAAGCCGAGCUCAAGUAUUGAUCAAUGACAAAGAUUGGAGGAAGGACUCGCCACCCCCUGAGCAGUUGCAAACCUUGUUGGAGGAAGGGGCCAAGCUGCCUGUUUUGGUUCCAGAGUGUAAUUUACUCCAGGGGCUAAAGGAACAGGGCCAUUGGUUGGCCAAGGUGAGGUGCACCCUUGGGACAGAAGAAGGUGAGAGGCAGGAAGUGACGCUGGAUGUGUUGAGGAACCUGAUGGAAGCAGGCUGCAAUGUGCCCCAAAGUGUGUCUGUGGAGACCGCCAUGGCGGAGCUUCAGGAGCUACUCACGAUUGCAGAACGUUGGGAAGAGAAGGCACAGAUCUGCCUCGAACAAAGGCAAAAGCACCCUCUCUCCACCCUGGAGGCAAUAGUAAAUGAGGCCCAACUUAUCCCAGUCACGUUGCCCAACAUUUUGGCUCUACAGGGGUGCCUUACUCGAGCUCGGGCAUGGGUAACAGACUUGGAGGAAAUUCAGAAUGGGGAGCAUUACCCAUGUAUGGAUGAUUUGGAGGGCCUGGUAGCUAUUGGCAGAGACUUACCAGUCUUCAUGGAAGAGCUGAGGCAGCUGGAACUGCAGGUGACCAGCGCACACUCGUGGAGGGACAAGGCCAGCAAGACUUUCCUGAAGAAGAGCAGUCAGCACAGUCUACUAGAGGUAUUAUGUCCAUGUGCAAAAAGGAGAGAGAGGCGAGAUCAGGCAGGGCCGCUGGAUGAUCCUUUGGAUGACUCUGAUACCAACACUCUGGGACUCUCUGCUCAGGACUUGAGGGACCCUGCAGCUAUUGUGAUGGCUUUCAAAGAAGGGGAACACCAGGAAAAGGAUGCGCUAUUAAGGUUACAGAAGGUGAACAUGCGUAAAUCUGGACUUAGCAUUGCAGGUUGUAAGGAGGACAAGGAGAAUGGGAGUUGGGAUGAUCCCAUGGAGACGGACACAUGCGGCCUCUCCAAGAACUCUGUAAAAGAGAAUGGUAACAGAAACCACACCCCUCCCCAGUCAGUCUGCGUGUGCUCUGGGCAGCCUCGUGCGCCUCAGUUACGCUGCCAUCUCUGUAAGGACUGGUUUCAUGGUGGCUGUGCUCCUUUCCCCUCCCUGCUACCCUCUUCUGGACCACCAAUAAACCCCCUUUGCUGGUGGGACUGGGACUCGCGCUUCUUGUGUCCUCGGUGCCAACGGUCACGGCGCCCACGCCUGGAAACUAUCCUGGCAUUACUUGUAGCCCUGCAGAGGCUGCCCGUGCGUCUGCCUGAAGGUGAAGCACUGCAGUGUCUCACAGAGAGGGCCAUCACUUGGCAGGGCCGAGCUAAGGAAGCACUGGAGACACCUGAGGUGCAGCAGGUACUUCAGAGGCUGCAAGAACUCAAAGAGACUCUUCUUCAUGAACCAGAAAAGGAGAAGAGCGUGGAGAAGGAGACAGAAGGGAGUUCGGUUAUUGUUUUAUCCGACUCAGAGGGAGGGGAAGGAGACGACGGUGUCAUUGAUUUAACCGAGGAGAAUUCGCCUAAAAAGAACACAAAGGAAAGCAAUGGCACACAGGGUGGAUGUGAAAAUGGCAUCAGCAAGAAGUCAAAUGUUACAGGUGUAGGGUCUCUACUGCCCCUGCUGCCCUUGCUAAAAGGUCAGGUAGUGGAACUUUCCCCUGACACCAGGGUCCGGCUGGAGGAGCUGCAGCUAGAAGGAGACCUGCUGGAGGUUUCCCUAGAUCAGAUGCAUACCAUCCACAGAGUCCUGCUAGCUGCCUCUGAUCCACCCAGAGAAACACUACACACACUCAUACAGAUUGAGCUUGAAGAGCAGAGACGAGCAGGUCGUGGGCGAGCCAAGGACUCCAAAAGGAAGAGGAAGAGCCACAGAGGGGGCAGUGGGGAUGGAGGACAAAGGUCACUGGAUGCCUCGGAGACAAAGAAAACCUGCCCCUUCAGACACACCCCCUCCCCUGUCCAGACCCAUCCUGAGAUUUUGUGAUGCAGUCAUCGUUGGAGCUUCGUUAAAGUCAGUUAGCCCGAAAAACUGAAGGGACAGGGGCUUUCUGUGCCAGAAGACUGUAUCAAGUUACAGAGAGAUACAGGACCUCCCCUGUGCUCUGCUUUCCUUCUCACCCCUCAUUUAUGCAUUCAGACACUAAGAGUGGUGACUCUUCUACACUCCAGUAUCAUCCAUAACACCGCAGUAUCUCACUUGUUCGGAUUUUUUAUUAUUUUUUUCUUUGUUGUUGUUGUUGUUGUUGUUCAGACUCGCAGUCUUACCCAAACGUUAUUCUCCACCUUCCCUGGACGAAUUCUUCCUGUGAACAUAAUAAGACUGUGCUUGACAGAUGUGAGACUUGCCGUAAUAGGAGCGUCUUUGGUCUAGAGUUGUCUCUGAGGUCUUUCAGUAUGCUAUGUUAUCCCAACUGUGUUAAAAGCUAGUUUAAGCGAAGCCUGUCACGAGGACCGGCAUUUGCAGUUUCACUUCACUUGAGUCACUUGUUGAAGUUGGAUAAGCUAUGGGUUUAUUUUAGACUGUUGUUUGGGCAUGACUCCUGAAGCUGUGCUGCAGUAGAGGAUUUUGACUACUGAUCUGAGACAACAGCGCCAUGGAUACACUUUUUUUUUUCUCUCUCUCUCUCUCUUUUUUUUUUUUUUUUUUUGUAGUUGUUUGAUGCUGUUUUGAGGGGACAUGCAUUUUAAAUAAGUAAAUUUUGGGAAGUGUUAAAAACAGGCAUUAAUGUUUUUGGUGCUACUUUCCCAAAAUGUACCUCCGCACCUCCUGGCUUCCUCCCUCUCUCCUUCCCUUCUAUGCCAUUUUUUCCUCUUUUUUUUUUUAAACUCCCAUCCUUUUGACUCCUGGUUUUAUUCCUCCCUCUGUCAUUCUCUCUCUCUUUGCAAGUUAAGGUUAACUUCACUGUAACUCACUUUAUCUCAAUAUAUUUUGUUUUCUUUUGUUCAGAUGAUUAUUAUUAUAUUAUUAUUAUUAUUGAUAUUGCAGACACACAGAUGUCGUGAGUUUGUGUAUAAACUUUUCAUUUUACUGUUGCCUUUUGUUUCUUUUCACUCUUGUUAGAAAAA